UUCCGGAUUUGUUUCUUGUUCGUGCACGUGCAAAUAGCUAAUAAAUGCGCCGUGCCUGAGCCGAGCUGAGUGGAGUGGAGCGGAACCGGACCGGUGGACAGCCGACAGCGGACAGGCCAUGGAUCAAUUCUCGCACGACCUGACGCUGGCUCUCGAGGAGACCUCCCUGAUGGACAGGGCGAGUGGCGUCGGAAGGUGGGGCUCGCGUCGCCGGACACGUUCCACGGGCAAUCUGCCUUGCGCCCCCCAGCCCACGGAGGACUCCUCGAGCAGUCCCACGGACACGCUGAAUGCCCUGGGCCACCAUGGGCACCAUGGACAUGCACAUCACCCCCAUAGCCACACCCAUGCCCACCCCAAUGCCAACGUGGACGGGCUGGACACACACAACCUCAAGUUGCCGGCCAGCGACUCGGACGAGAAGGCCCCGUUGACCUUGCCCGGAAGGAUGGGCGCCCUGGAGUCGGACUCGCUGAACGAGACCACCUUCAGUCCAGCCAGAUUCUACAAGCCGAACUCGCGCAGGAAGCGCAAGAUCAAGCGCAUGUCCAUGGAGUUCGAGUUCAGCAAGGACACGCCUUCACCGCACACCUUCGCCGAGUCGCCGCUGCAGCCAGGUCUCCUGAGCGGUAGCACCACCGUCACCGGAACCAUUCGCAAGCGCCUGCUGAAGAUGGACGCCACUGGGCACCACCGCUCGCAUCUGUUCUUCUGCGGCAAACGCAAGCGCUCCAACCGCGAUCGCUACCACGAGCAGGAGUCGGCCAAGCUGUACGCCUCCUCGCCACACUGGCAGUUGGAGGAGCAGCAUCUGCAACAGCAGCACAGUCACAGCCACAACCAUCACCAGCAGCAGCGGAUGCGCCCGCGGAGCUACUCCUCCACUUCGAAGCCACUCAGCGAUCGCCUGCUGCCGCUGAACAAGGGACUGCUCUGGAAGAUCAACCGCAUGGCUGCCCAGGGACAGCAGGCCGUGCCUCCCACCCAAAAGACUGACAACCACAAGGACAAGGACUUGAAAAAGGACCACCACCAGCCAGAGAUGGCGGUGGAGCUGCCCAAGCAGAAGGCCGUGCCCAAGAAGGCGCCGCCGCCGCCAAGCGCUGAGGCUGCCUCCGCCUCCGCCAUCGCCAUCGGCAACCGGAACUCCUUCAGUAUGGACACCAUAGUGCCUGUGACCGAUAUCGAUGCCUUGCUGCUGAGCACGCCACCAACUGCUCCGAUGCUGCGCAAGAAGACGCCUCAGGUGUCCGGCUACAACAGCAGCAGCUCCUCCAAGACGACGCACCGCCGUCGCCGCUUUAACACGCUUCCACAGCCGCCGCUGCAGUUGCAGGCCCAAGCCGCCCAGUCCAUGGACUGUAGCGAGCUCUACGAUUUCCUCAGCUCCAGUUCGCUGAGCUCCUCCUCGGACAGCGAGGCCGAGGUGGGCGGACAUCGCCGGCACGACACCGAUCGCGAGGGCGACGACGAGCUGACCGAUUGGCCGGGCAACGAGUUCGGACCCGGAGCCAGGUACGAUCCCAAGAGGAAGCUCACCAAGAAGUCACUACUGCCUCAAAUUCGGUCGGAUGACACCAUUGGCGAGGAUGACACCCUGAUGUCGGGCACCGAGGCGGGGGCGGUGGCAAUGGAACCGCCACCGAAGAGUCCUGCCCACCAGCUACCGGAAUCUCUGCAGGAUCUGUCCCGCUUUCAGCCAGGCGUCUCCGAGCCCAUUGAGAUUUUAAACGCCAGCUCGGAGAUGGAGACAAAUGCGGACGGCACCACCAUGCCCCAUGCUCCCCGGCAAAUCGAGAGCGAGAUGUCCGGCGAAACCUCGAAUCCGUUUCUAUCCUCGUCGCCGCCAGGACAGGGUCCUGUUCCUGGGCAGGGGGUGCGCGAGAUACGCGCUGGGUGUCGCCGCAUCAACGGCGAACGACCCGGAUUCAGCAUCAAGAUGAGCGUGAACGAGCGCAUCGCCCGGUUCCUGCAGGACCCGCAACAGACACAGAUCCGGCUGCCAGAUAUCGAGCUGUACGAGCCCGACAGCAUGUGCAACCUGGCCACGCUCUACUCCCUGACCAUGGUGGUGGAGCGCGGCUGCACGGUGCUUACUAAAACCAGGAACACUACGCAGGUAGUGAGCGUGGAUCAUCCCCACCAGCAGGGUCUUCAGCCGCGUCCCGAUCUUUUCGGCGAUUUCAAGCGACGCUGCUACGGGGAGGAGGAGCAGCAGCAGCAGCAGCAGCUUCAGCUUCAGAUCCACUUCCAGCAGGAUCCCGGGACUCAGACUCAGCCCCAUAAAUGAGAUACGUUAAUCAAAACUAGACGAACUAGACCAAUCCCCAGCAAAUGCAGAUGCGGAGCCGGAGGCAUCACCACUCGGAGUAAAACUCCUGAUCUGAUCCUGAUCGUGAUCCGCAACCAUCGCUGGGGUGGAACAAACCAGUAAACCGUAAACUAAGAAUGCUUUUAGCUUGUUUUUGUGAAAUCUGUUCUAUGUACAUAAGUUGCAUCGGUCCGUGUAUAUACUAACUUCAUUUGGGGAAGGCGUCAGCCCUUCGGAUCCCAGAUCGCGUCGGUCCCUUUUCCUUGUCGCACACACUUGGUAGCAAGCGAGAUGGCACGUUCCAGAAUGAGGGAGAAAGAAGACCGACCGGAAGCCGUUGACAGCCGUUCCACUGUACAAAAUAUAAUUUGUAAGACCUCCAGCGAAUAUGAAUAUAAGAAAUAUAAAUGUGUGGUCAUUACCGAA